AUGAAUGCUAGUUAUAACUUAGCUUUGGUUGAACAGAGGUUAAUUCUAUUAGCAAUCAUAGAAGCGAGAGAAACAGGCAAAGGGAUUAAUGCCAAUGAUCCUUUAACAGUUCAUGCAAGUAGCUAUAUCAAUCAAUUUAACGUAGAAAGGCAUACGGCAUAUCAAGCCCUCAAAGAUGCUUGUAAAGACUUGUUUGCCCGUCAAUUCAGUUACCAAGAAAAGCGAGAACGAGGACGAAUUAAUAUUACAAGUCGAUGGGUUUCGCAAAUUGGCUAUAUGGACGAUACAGCAACCGUUGAGAUUAUUUUUGCCCCUGCGGUUGUUCCUCUGAUUACACGGCUAGAGGAACAGUUCACCCAGUACGAUAUUGAGCAAAUUAGCGGUUUAUCGAGUGCAUAUGCUGUUCGUAUGUACGAACUGCUGAUUUGUUGGCGUAGCACAGGCAAAACACCAAUUAUUGAGCUAGACGAGUUUAGAAAGCGAAUAGGUGUUUUAGAUACUGAAUACACUAGAACAGAUAAUUUAAAGAUGCGAGUUAUUGAAUUAGCCCUAAAACAAAUCAACGAACAUACAGACAUCACAGCAAGCUAUGAACAACACAAAAAAGGGCGAGUGAUUACAGGAUUCUCAUUCAAGUUUAAGCACAAGAAACAAAACAGCGAUAAAACGCCAAAAAAUAGCGAUUCUAGCCCACGUAUCGUAAAACAUAGUCAAAUCCCUACCAACAUUGUAAAACAGCCUGAAAACGCCAAAAUGAGCGAUUUAGAACAUAGAGCGAGCCGUGUUACAGGGGAAAUAAUGCGAAAUCGUCUGUCAGAUCGGUUUAAACAAGGCGAUGAAUCAGCAAUCGACAUGAUGAAACGUAUUCAAAGUGAAAUAAUAACCGAUGCAAUAGCAGACCAGUGGGAAAGCAAACUGGAGGAGUUUGGCGUGGUUUUUUAG